UGCGUAACUCGUUACCGAUAUUUUUCUUUCUUACAGCGUCGCAAGCGAGUUUGUCACUCGUUACCAAUAAUUGUUAUUCGUACAGCGGGGAAAGUAAGUUUGUAACUCGGUAACGAUUGUUUAUUUUAAAAAGUGAUAGAGAAUUGUUACUUGUACAUUUUAAAUACAUAGAAGACAACAAUAGUGAAUAUUUUGUUUUAUAUUUAGCAUAGCAAUAAUAGAGAGGUUGCUGUAUCUCAUUCACAUCUUGGGAUGUGAAUCGUCAAACGGAGCAUUUUGUUCCACUGUAUAUGUUAUGGAAUGUACCGGCCCUGUAUUUUGAAGGCUUAAUUAAUUUCUUUGCUGAAAUGACGUAGUAAACCCGAUGAAGAUAUUAUUAGAUGAAAUAUCUCGACAACAGAAUCAAAACGUUGAAGUUCAUCGGAGUUUAUACAGAGAACUGCUAUUUUUAUCACUUUUGUCUUGUGGUGCCGAAAAUAUGGAUGUUGAUGCUUUGGAUCGUGAAUAUAAAAAAGCUUACAAGGAAGUUGUGCGUGAAUAUUUCGAGCGUUUGUAUCCCGACGACAAAUCACCGACAAUAAAAGUCGUAUUUUGUCGCCCAGCGUUCGAAACACCGACGCCGUAACCGAGAAAGGCUCGACUAUAUCAAAUAUUAAAAGUUAUGGCAAGUGCCGUGUGUGCGAAAGUCGACGUUGUCUGACCUCAUGGAAAAACAAUGUUUAUUCGUAAGCUGUACAUUUAGAGUGGUAUAUCAUAUUUCUUUUUUAUUUGAAUAAAGUUACGGAUUAUUUUUAUUCCUUUUUUUAAUUAUUCAGAAAGUUUAAAUUUUAAUUUGGAUUAUGGCUACACAAAACUGUAGAUUUCUCGUUUAAACCAAAAGUAUUAAUUACCCAGGGUCUUGUGUCUAGGGGUGGUGUUGUUUUAAAAGCUUAUAGCAAUGUGAAGUGCGUGUGAUUGAUGCUUUCUAUACUCCUUUCUUUCUAUUCUAAUACUUGUUUUAUCGCGUACAUGUUUUAUUAUAUAAAAACCUUAAGCUCAGAAAGGCUAAGUUAUAAGAAACUGCUACAACUGUGGGAAGACGAAAUAAAAAAGGUUUGUAUUGACAUGGAUAUUUAAAUAUACAUUGUUGCAAGAAAAGCAAUUUUAUCAAUCAGCAAUUUUAUCAAA